GCGGCGGCGGCGGCGGGACGCGGGGCCGGCAUGGGCGAGCCGGGGCUGGAGCUGGCGUCUAUGAUCCCGGCCCUGCGGGAGCUGGGCAGUGCCAGUCCAGAAGAAUAUAACACAGUUGUACAGAAACCAAGACAAAUUCUAUGCCAGUUCAUUGACAGAAUACUUACAGAUGUAAAUGUUGUGGCUCUGGAGCUUGUGAAGAAAAUGGACUCGCAGCCAACCUCCGUGAUGCUGCUUGAUUUCAUCCAGCACAUCAUGAAGUCCUCCCCGCUGAUGUUUGUGAGUGUGAACGGGAGCUGUGGGCAGAACGAGGCCAGAAGCAGUUGUAUCGAGUUCAGUAACUGGAUCAUAACAAGACUCCUGCGGAUCGCAGCUACUCCAUCUUGCCAUCUGUUACACAAGAAAAUCUGCGAAGUCAUUUGCUCGUUAUUGUUUCUUUUUAAAAGCAAGAAUCCUGCUAUUUUUGGAGUACUGACAAAGGAACUGUUACAUCUCUUUGAAGACUUGAUUUCUGUCCACAGAAGACAGGCAGUGGGACAGUUGGUGGAGUGGCCCGUGGUGGUCAGCCGGUUUCCGAGUCAGGUGGACGAGCACGUGGGCUGCCUGCAGCCAGCUCCCCUGCAGCUCGCGAAUGCGCAAAACUUAGAAUUGGUUGAAGCCACCUUGUUGGCCGUUCUUACUCGCAUCGUUGCCAUCGUGUUCUUCAGAAGGCAGGAGCUUCUGCUCUGGCGGAUCGGCUGCGAUCUGCUGGAGCUCGGCGGCCCGAAGAUCAAACCCUUAGCCGUGCGCCUGCUCACGGAGCUCUUCCAGCUCGGCGGCCUUCCGGCACAGCCCGCCAGCACCUUUUUCAGCUCCUUUUUGGAACUGUUGAGACGCCUCGUGGAAAUGGACGCCGACCAUUUGAAGCUCUAUGAAGAGCCGGUCGCCACGCUGAUCAAGAGAAUGUUUCCCUUUGAAGCGGGGGCGUACCAGAGCCUCGAGCCCGUCUACUUGAACAUGCUGCUGGACACGCUCCGGGUCCUGCUGGAGGGCGGGCUGCUCCUGCGGCUGCAGUCCGGCCCGCUGAGAGCCGCCCUGGGCCACCUGCUGCAGUACUUCCUCAAGUACGUGCCGGCCGGCUAUGAGUCUGCGCCGCCCGUCAGGAAGGGCGCCGUGAGCAGCAUCUGCAGAGCCCUGGUGGACACGCUGGGCGUUCAGGAGGACACAGAGUAUUUGUUAGGCCCGCUUUACUCAGCCUUAAGAAUGGAAAGUUCGGAAAUCGUCGAGGAGGUCCAGAGCCAAACUCAGCAGGAAGGCCAUGGCAGCAACGGCACCGAGCUGUUGCCCAAGAGGCGCCGACUCAGCUCGUCUCUCGGCUCUUUCCAGAAGGUUCCGGGACAGACUGAAGAAGUUCGCUCCGUGGACAUGAGCAAAAAGAGCACGUUAUGGGGCGCGCUGAGACGGAAGGCGGAGCUGCUGCAGGCGGCCCUGGAGAGCAGCGGCCCGCAGGCGUCUCUCCCGCAGGCCCUGGGCGGGCUCACCGGCGCCCUGCAGCUGGCCGCCCUCUGCACUGCCCACGCUGCCCAGCCAGGCCCCGACGGCCACAAUUUCAAGGACUUUGAACAGAAGAAGCCGCCACCUAUAGUCGUGACUUGGAUGCCUCUGGAGUUUUAUACGAAAGUGCUGAAGAGUUGCAGGAAUUUAUUAGAAACGGUUCAGAAACCUGACUUGGAGGCAGUCAUUGAUAAAGUGGUGAAGAUAUGUGAUGCUUUGAUUUAUAUUCAAGUGAGAAGCUCGUUUGCAGACCACGUCCUGGAGGAUCUGUGCGGCCUGCUGUCGCUCCCGUGGAUCGAGUCCCACCCCGACGACGGCGCUUUGAAGUCGGCCGCGUUUGCCGCGCAGCUGCUCCCGCUGAGCCAGCGGGUCGCGGGCAGCUACUCCCCGCAGGCCGAGUCGCACUGUGUGUUUCUCCUGACCCUGUUCCCGAGGAGAAUCUUCCUGGAGUGGAGAACAGCCGUCUACUGCCGGGCCUUGCAAAGCCCCCAUGAGGUCACCCGGGCGAGCUGUGUCCGCGGGUUCUUCAUCUUGCUGCAGCAGCAGAAUUCUUGUAACAGAAUUCCCAAGGUUCUUAUAGAUAAAGUUAAAGAUGAUUCUGACAUUGUCAAGAGAGAAUUUGCCUCUAUACUCGGUCAGCUUGUCUGUAUACUUCAUGGGAUGUUUUAUUUGACAAGUUCUUCAACAGAACCCAAUUCUGAACAAGGACAUAACGAUCUUUUCUGCAAGAGCCUAAAAGUCACAUCUCAACAUGAAUGUUCGUCUUCUCAAUUAAAAGUAUCUCUCUGCAAGCCAUUUCUUUUUCUGCUGAAAAAAAACACACCCAGUGCCGUGAAACUUGCUUUCAUAGAUAAUUUGAGUCAUCUUUGUAAGCAUCUUGAUUUUAGAGAAGAUGAAUCAGAUGUAAAGAUGGUACUUGGAACUUUAUUAAAUUUAAUGGAAGAUCCAGACAAAGAUGUUAGAGUGGCUUUUAGUGGGAAUAUCAAGCAUAUAUUGGAGUCACUGGACUCAGAAGAUGGAUUUAUAAAAGAGCUUUUUGUGUUAAGAAUGAAGGAGGCAUAUACACAUGCUCAAAUUUCAAGAAACAAUGAGUUGAAGGAUACUUUGAUUUUUACAACAGGGGAUAUUGGAAGGGCAGCCAAAGGAGAUCUGGUUCCCUUCGCACUCUUGCACUUGUUACACUGUUUACUGUCCAAGUCAGCGUCUGUCUCUGGAGCAGCAUACACGGAGAUCAGAGCUCUGGUUGCAGCUAAAAGUGUGAAAUUGCAAAACUUUUUCAGUCAGUAUAAGAAGCCCAUCUGCCAGUUCUUGGUGGAGUCCCUGCACUCCAGCCAGAUGACAGCCCUCCCCGCCGGCCGGUGCCAGAGCGCCGAGAUGCGGAAGCAGCAGGUGACUCACCAGCGGGAAGUGGCCCUGAACACCCUGUCUGAAAUCGCCAACGUUUUUGACUUUCCUGAUCUGAAUCGCUUCCUUACCAGGACGCUCCAGGUGCUGCUCCCGGACCUCGCCGCCAAAGCCAGCCCUGCCGCUUCCGCCCUCAUCCGAACCCUCGGAAAACAAUUGAAUGUCAACCGGAGAGAAAUUUUAAUCAAUAACUUCAAAUACAUUUUCUCUCACUUGGUCUGUUCGUGUUCCAAGGAUGAAUUAGAACGUGCCCUUCACUAUCUCAAGAAUGAAACAGAAAUUGAGCUGGGGAGCCUCCUGAGGCAGGAUUUCCAGGGGCUGCAUAAUGAGCUGUUGCUGCGGAUUGGAGAACAUUAUCAGCAGGUUUUCAACGGGUUGUCAAUACUGGCCUCAUUCGCGUCUAGCGAUGACCCGUACCAGGGCCCCAGAGAGAUCACAUCCUCUGAACUAAUGGCUGAUUAUUUGCAACCCAAGUUGUUGGGCAUUUUGGCUUUUUUUAACAUGCAGUUACUGAGUUCCAGUGUUGGCAUCGAAGAUAAGAAAAUGGCCCUGAACAGUUUGGUGUCGCUGAUGAAGCUCAUGGGCCCCAGGCACGUCAGCUCUGUGCGGGUGAAGAUGAUGACCACGCUGAGGACUGGCCUCAGGUUCAAGGACGACUUUCCCGAGCUGUGCUGCAGAGCUUGGGACUGCUUUGUUCGCUGCCUGGACCACGCGCACCUGGGCUCCCUGCUCAGCCACGUCAUAGUGGCCUUGCUGCCUCUCAUCCACAUCCAGCCCCAGGAGACCGCGGCCAUCUUCCACUACCUCAUCAUCGAGAACAGGGAUGCUGUGCAAGAUUUUCUUCAUGAAAUAUAUUUUUUACCUGAUCAUCCAGAAUUGAAAAAAAUUAAAGCAGUUCUACAGGAAUACAGAAAGGAGACUUCUGAGACCGCUGAUCUUCAGACGACGCUCCAGCUGUCCAUGCGGGCGGUGCAGCACGAGAACGUGGAUGUCCGGAUUCACGCUCUAACCAGCCUGAAGGAAACUCUGUAUAAGAACCAGGAAAAACUGAUCAAAUAUGCAACGGACAGUGAAACGGUGGAACCUGUGAUCUCCCAGCUGGUGACGGUGCUUCUGAAGGGCUGCCAAGACGCCAACUCUCAGGCCCGGCUGCUGUGCGGGGAGUGUUUGGGGGAGCUGGGGGCCAUAGACCCCGGCCGCCUUGAUUUCUCCACAGCUGAAACCCAAGGGAAAGAUUUCACAUUUGUGACUGGAGUGGAAGAUCCGAACUUCGCCUACGGGUUGCUGAUGGAGCUUACACGAGCUUACCUCGCGUACGCGGAUAACAGCCGGGCCCAGGAUUCAGCUGCAUAUGCCAUUCAGGAGUUGCUUUCUAUUUAUGGCUGUCGAGAAAUGCAGAGUGACGGCCCAGGUUACCAGCUGUGGAGAAGGUUUCCGGAGCAUGUGCGAGAAAUACUGGAGCCUCAUCUAAACACUAGGUAUAAGAGCUCUCAGAAGUCUACAGACUGGUCCGGAGUGAAGAAGCCCAUUUUCCUAAGUAAAUUAGGGAACCACUUUGCCGAGUGGUCGGCGUCGUGGGCAGGUUACCUCAUAACGAAGGUCCGGCAUGACCUCGCCAGUAAGAUCUUCACCUGCUGCAGCAUCAUGAUGAAGCAUGACUUCAAGGUGACCAUCUACCUCCUCCCGCACAUCCUCGUGUACGUGCUGCUGGGCUGCAGCCAGGAAGAUCAGCAGGAGGUUUAUGCAGAAAUGAUGGCAGUUCUCAAGCAUGACGACGAGCGUGCCCUGCCCGCGCAGGACAGCGCCUCGGACCUGUGCCAGCUCAGCACCCAGACUGUCUUCUCCAUGCUCGACCACCUCGCGCAGUGGGCCCGGCACAGAUGCCAGGCUCUCAAUGCCGAGAAGUUCCCACACAGUAAAUCCAACAGAGAUAAAGUGCACACGAUGGUGUCCACUGCAGACCACGCGGACUCGCAGAGUGUGACUCGCUUUCUGGACCUCAUCCCGCAGGACGCCCUGGCCGUGGCCUCCUUCCGCUCCAAGGCGUACACGCGAGCGGUGAUGCACUUUGAGUCGUUUAUCACAGAGAAGAAGCAAAAUAUUCAAGAGCACCUUGGAUUUUUACAGAAACUGUACGCUGCCAUGCACGAGCCAGACGGGGUGGCCGGAGUCAGCGCCAUUCGGAAGGCAGAGCCGUCUCUGAAGGAACAGAUCCUGGAACACGAAAGCAUCGGCUUACUGAGGGAUGCCACCGCGUGCUACGACAGGGCGAUCCAGCUCGAACCAGACCAGAUAGUCCAUUACCACGGUGUGGUGAAGUCCAUGCUCGGGCUUGGCCAGCUGUCCACGGUCAUCACGCAGGUGAACGGUGUGCACGCCAACAGGUCUGAAUGGACAGAUGAGUUAAACACGUACAGAGUGGAGGCAGCUUGGAAACUGUCACAGUGGGAUUUGGUGGAAAACUAUUUGGCAGCAGAUGGGAAGUCUACAUCAUGGAGUGUCAGACUGGGACAGCUGUUAUUAUCAGCCAAGAAGAGAGAUGCGGCAGCUUUCUAUGACACACUGAAAGUAGUGCGAGCUGAACAGAUUGUACCUCUGUCAGCUGCGAGCUUUGAGAGAGGCUCCUACCAAAGAGGAUACGAAUAUAUCGUGAGACUGCACAUGCUGUGCGAGUUGGAGCACAGCAUCAAGCCUCUCUUCCACCAGCCUCCCGGGGACGGUCUCCGGGAAGAGUCUCUGAACUGGGCGGCUCGGCUGGAGAUGACUCAGAAUUCCUACCGGGCCAAGGAGCCCAUCCUGGCUCUCCGAAGGGCUCUGCUAAGCCUCAGCAAAAGGCCCGACUUCAGCGGCCUGGUCGGCGAGUGCUGGCUGCAGAGUGCCAGGGUGGCGCGGAAGGCCGGCCACCACCAGACUGCCUACAACGCCCUCCUCAAUGCCGGAGACUCGCGGCUGGCCGAGCUGCACGUGGAGAGGGCCAAGUGGCUGUGGUCCAAGGGUGAUGUUCACCAGGCACUGAUUGUUCUUCAGAAGGGUGUUGAAUUGUGUUUUCCCGAAAACAAAACCCCAGCCGAGACGAAGAACAAGUUGAUCCAUGGCAGAGCCAUGUUACUCGUGGGCCGAUUUAUGGAAGAAACCGCAAACUUUGAAAGCAAUGCUGUUAUGAAAAAAUAUAAGGAUGUGACCUUGUUUCUGCCGGAGUGGGAGGACGGCCACUUCUACCUCGCCAAAUACUAUGACAAGCUCAUGCCCAUGGUCACCGACAACAAGAUGGAGAAGCAGGGUGACCUCAUCCGGUACAUCGUCCUGCAUUUCGGAAAAUCUCUCCAGUAUGGGAAUCAGUUCAUUUAUCAGUCGAUGCCACGAAUGUUAUCGCUAUGGCUUGAUUUUGGUGCCAAGGCUUACGAAUGGGAAAAAGCUGGCCGCUCUGACCGUGUGCAAAUGAGAAGCGACUUAGCGAGGAUAAACAAGGUCAUCACGGAGCACACGAACCACUUGGCCCCCUACCAGUUUCUUACUGCCUUUUCACAGUUGAUCUCCCGAAUUUGUCAUUCUCAUGAUGAGGUUUUUGUUGUCCUGAUGGAGAUCAUAGCGAAAGUGUUCCUGGCAUACCCUCAGCAGGCAAUGUGGAUGAUGACAGCUGUGUCCAAGUCGUCUUACCCUAUGCGUGUGAACAGAUGCAAAGAAAUCCUAAAUAAAGCGAUUCAAAUGAAAAAAACAUUGGAAAAGUUUGUUGGAGAUGCAACGCGCCUCACCGAUAAGCUUCUAGAAUUAUGCAAUAAACCGGUGGAUGGGAGUAGCUCCACCCUGAGCAUGGGCACUCACUUCAAGAUGCUCAAGCGGCUGGUGGAAGAUGCAGCGUUCAGCGAAGUCCUCAUCCCUCUGCAGUCAGUCAUGAUUCCCACCCUCCCUUCCAUCCCGGGUACCCACGCCAACCACGACCCGUUUCCUGGGCACUGGGCCUAUAUUUCAGGCUUCGAUGACACGGUGGAAAUUCUUGCCUCUCUUCAGAAACCAAAGAAGAUUUCCUUGAAAGGUUCUGAUGGGAAGUUCUACAUCAUGAUGUGUAAGCCAAAAGAUGACCUGAGAAAGGAUUGUAGAUUAAUGGAAUUCAAUUCCUUGAUAAAUAAGUGCUUACGGAAAGACGCAGAAUCCCGUCGCAGAGAACUUCAUAUCCGAACCUACGCCGUCAUCCCCCUGAACGAUGAGUGUGGGAUUAUCGAGUGGGUCAACAACACAGCUGGCCUGCGGCCUAUCCUGACCAAACUGUACAAGGAGAAAGGUGUUUAUAUGACAGGAAAAGAACUUCGCCAGUGUAUGUUACCAAAGGCUGCAGCUCUGUCUGAAAAACUCAAAGUAUUUCGAGAAUUUCUUCUGCCUCGGCAUCCUCCUGUUUUUCAUGAGUGGUUUUUGAGAACAUUCCCCGAUCCUACAUCAUGGUACAGCAGCAGGUCGGCGUACUGCCGAUCCACCGCAGUCAUGUCAAUGGUUGGUUACAUCCUGGGGCUCGGAGACCGUCACGGGGAGAACAUUCUCUUUGACUCUUUCACGGGGGAAUGUGUGCACGUGGAUUUCAACUGUCUCUUCAAUAAGGGAGAAACAUUUGAAGUUCCAGAAAUUGUUCCAUUUCGCUUGACACAUAAUAUGGUUAAUGGCAUGGGGCCGAUGGGCACAGAAGGUCUUUUUCGAAGAGCUUGUGAAGUUACAAUGAGGCUGAUGCGCGAUCAGAGAGAGCCUUUAAUGAGUGUCCUGAAGACUUUCCUGCACGAUCCCCUUGUGGAGUGGAGCAAACCCGUGAAAGGACAUUCCAAAGCCUCCCUCAAUGAGACUGGGGAAGUUGUCAAUGAAAAGGCCAAGACCCACGUUCUUGACAUCGAACAGAGACUGCAAGGUGUAAUCAAGACCCGAAACAGAGUGACCGGGCUGCCGCUGUCCAUUGAGGGACAUGUCCACUACCUGAUUCAGGAAGCCACUGACGAAAACCUGCUGUGCCAGAUGUACCUGGGCUGGACCCCGUAUAUGUGAAAUGGAGUCACUGCCAAGAAGGUUAAAUCGAAAGUGGGUGUAAGGAAUGUGUGGUUGUUACAUGUUCCGUUCCAAAGUACAGUAUGAGUAUGUUCUCAGAGCAAAUGCUAUUUAUGUCUUCAUUGUUAAUAUUUAAACUAAUAUAUGUCAUUAAAAAUAAACUGUUUUCUUAAUAUA